GGAGGGCCCUAGCCCAGCGCGCGGCCAAUCCGGGCGGCCGCUGGCGGCGAGCAGGGCAGAAUGGGCCGUAGUUGAGUGAAAUAGGAAAGCUGCGAACAGUGUGGAGUGCUCCCGGUGUAAAUAAAAGGGGGGAAGAAAAGUUUCCCCGAGUCGCGGCUCUGCAGCCUCGCUCCGACGGGGGCGCGGGGCUUCGUGCGCGGCGGAGACCACCGCUCGGGACUUUGCCGUGCGGCGUUCACGCGCUCCUCCUAUUGUGUUUUUUUCAAAAUAUGGCAAAGGUUCAGGUGAACAAUGUAGUGGUGUUGGACAACCCUUCUCCUUUCUACAACCCUUUCCAGUUCGAAAUCACAUUUGAGUGCAUAGAGGACCUGUCGGAAGAUUUGGAAUGGAAGAUAAUUUAUGUGGGUUCAGCUGAAAGUGAGGAGUAUGACCAAGUAUUAGACUCUGUUUUAGUAGGACCUGUUCCUGCAGGCAGACACAUGUUUGUAUUUCAGGCUGAUGCUCCUAACCCAGGGCUUAUUCCAGAUGCAGAUGCAGUAGGUGUAACAGUAGUGCUAAUUACAUGCACAUAUCGAGGUCAAGAAUUUAUUAGAGUAGGCUACUAUGUAAACAACGAAUAUACUGAAACAGAACUGAGAGAGAAUCCACCAGUAAAACCAGACUUUUCUAAGCUUCAAAGGAAUAUUUUGGCGUCUAAUCCCAGGGUCACAAGAUUCCACAUUAACUGGGAGGACAACACUGAAAAACUGGAAGAUGCAGAGAGCAGUAACCCAAAUCUACAGUCACUGCUUUCUACAGAUGCAUUACCUUCAGCAUCAAAAGGAUGGUCAACAUCAGAAAACUCAUUAAAUGUUAUGUUAGAAUCUCAUAUGGACUGCAUGUGACUAACCACCAUCGUUUUGGUACUGUACAUGUAUUAAACUGUAAAAACAACCAGAACUAUUUCCCUCAGUUUCCCUAAGUAUAUAGUUGACAAGCAAUGUGAAGAACUUGUUUUAAACAUCCUGUAGAAAGUUUAUAAAAAACAACAGAAAAAAAAAACCAAAAAACAGUAUUUGAGCAAAUGGUGGAAUAUAAAUACAACUAUUUUUAAGUAA